UAAAUCUUGGGACCAAACGUACGGAUACGCUUAACAAUUCAUUUGUGAAAUACAGCUAAUAAAAUACCUGUAUAUACUUUCAUCAAUUAACAUGCAGCGGCGGUAUGUGUACGGUAUCCGUUCCUAUCUCGUAAAGGUGAAUAUGUCCCACAUUUUGGAAGGUACAAGUGGAGGCAUAGGUGGUCUGAUCAUUCGGAAAACCAAGAAAGAGGAUGACAAUUUUACCUUUAAAAAGCCUGCUAUACCCAUAAGAGGAUCCAUCUUUGGGUUGGACAAACUUGCAGCUCUCAAAAGGAAAAUACACGAAGAUGACCAUUUGAACAAGAGUGAAGUAAAAAGUAAAAAGUAUUCUUCUUCUUCUUCUUCUUCCUCUUCUUCUUCUUCAAGUGAUUCAGAUGAUGAUGCUGAUGAUGAUGAUGAUGGCAAGAAAGAGGGACAAGAUAAGUACAGUGACAAGGGAAAAGGGAGGGAGUACCGCUCCAGGUACGAUGAGACGCCUACUUAUACAGGUGGUGUAAAUAGGGAAAUAAAAGAUAAAAUGAUUGAAAAACAAAAGAAAAUAAGAGGUAAGUUUGUUAGUGCAUCAACGAAGGAAAAAAAAAAUGAAAGAGAGAGGGAACCUAGGGGGGAUAGGGACAGAAGUAGAGAAAAUGAGAGAGACAAAAGAGAUAAGUACAGGCAUAGAGACAAAUACCGAGAUAGAUAUAACAAUGAUAAAAGUGAGAGAAGAAAUUACAAUGAUAGAAGUGAGAGAUAUAACUACAGUGAAAGAAGUGAGAGGUUGGGUGAUUACAGUGAACGAUCAGAAAGGGACUGGUCAGAGAGAUCCAGCAGAACACCCAGAUUUUCUGAAGCUCCAGAAACACCGAAGAUUCCCGGGGUGAAAGACACACCUUCACAUUCUGCCUGGGACGACGAUGACGGCACGCCACACAAAAUGUCGUCGUGGGAUCUGCCCACGCCCUCAUCCUCCCACCGCCAUUCCCGAGACAGCGAUUGGUCGAUUCGUAGUAGCAACCGGUCCUUCAGAGAGAGAUCUCAGAGUAGAGUACCUCGUCAACAAAGUGACAAGACUCCAUUGCCAACACCUUCAUACAAGUAUAAUGUAUGGAUGACAGAAAGAGAAGGUAAGAUGGAAAGAGAAUUUGAAAAUGAAGAAGAAAGGGAGAAGUGGGAGGAGGAAGAAAAGAGAUUGGAUAGACAGUGGUAUGACAUGGACCAGGGCUAUGAUGAUACCAACAACCCAUUCUCUGAUGUGUCUGCUGAGUAUGAAAGAAAGAAAACUGAGAAGAUUGAAAAAAGUAAAAGAAAGAUGAGUGCAAAACAAAGACAGAUUCAUAAAGACAAUGAAUUAUGGGAAACUAAUAGAAUGUUAACAAGUGGCGUUGUACAAAAAAUUGAUUAUGACGAAGAUUUUGAAGAGGAGUUUACCAAUCGUGUGCACAUUUUGGUACACAACAUCGUUCCCCCAUUCCUCGAUGGACGUAUUGUGUUUACAAAGCAACCAGAACCAGUGAUUCCAGUGAAAGACUCCACCUCAGAUAUGGCAAUUGUGUCCAGAAAGGGUUCGGCAGUUGUCAAAGCUCGACGUGAGCAGCGGGAGCGUAGAAAAGCUGCCAAAAAAGAAUGGGAACUUGCUGGUACACAACUUGGUAAUCUUAUAGGUGUGAAAAAGGAGGACGAGACAGAUGAUAGGAAGAUUGAAGAGGGUGAAACUGACUAUAAAGCAGAUCAGAAGUUUGCCGAACACAUGAAGGCAGCAAGUGAAGCUAGUAGCAACUUUGCCAGAGAGAAAACAAUUAAAGAACAACGUCAGUACCUUCCAGUUUUUGCAGUGAGAGAGAAGCUCCUCCGUAUAAUUCGAGAAAAUUCAGUGGUGAUUAUUGUGGGUGAAACAGGAAGUGGUAAGACGACGCAACUAACACAGUACCUUCACGAGGGAGGAUACAGCAAACUAGGUAUGAUUGGGUGUACACAACCACGUCGAGUCGCAGCUAUGUCCGUUGCCAAGCGUGUUUCUGAUGAAAUGGAUACUCAUCUUGGUGAAGAAGUGGGCUAUGCUAUACGAUUUGAGGACUGUACAAGUGAAAAUACCAUAAUUAAAUAUAUGACUGACGGUAUACUGCUUCGUGAAUCUUUACGCGAGAGCGAUUUAGAUAACUACAGUGCAAUCAUAAUGGACGAGGCUCACGAACGUUCCCUCAGCACAGAUGUGCUCUUUGGUUUACUCCGUGAAGUUGUGGCUCGUAGACAGGAUCUAAAACUCAUAGUAACAUCUGCUACAAUGGAUGCCGAGAAAUUUGCCACUUUCUUUGGUGAAGUACCAGUAUUUACAAUCCCGGGACGAACGUUCCCCGUGGAAUUACUCUAUUCCCGCAAUGGGGUGGAGGACUACGUAGAGGCUGCAGUAAAACAGGCAUUACAGAUACAUCUUCAGGCUGAGGAGGGUGAUAUUUUAGUCUUUAUGCCUGGUCAGGAAGAUAUUGAGGUAACAUGUGAACUGAUUGUGGAAAAGUUGGAUGAGAUUGAUAAUGCACCUCAGUUGGCUGUGCUUCCCAUAUACUCACAACUCCCUUCUGAUCUUCAAGCCAAGAUUUUUCAACGUGCUCCAGAUGGCCUUCGUAAAUGUGUCGUAGCUACCAAUAUUGCCGAAACCUCCCUCACUGUGGAUGGUAUAAAGUAUGUGGUAGAUUCUGGAUACUGUAAAUUAAAGGUGUUCAAUCCUCGAGUUGGUAUGGAUGGCCUUCAAGUUUACCCAGUCUCACAGGCUAAUGCCAACCAGCGUCUUGGAAGAGCCGGCCGCACUGGUCCUGGCAUGUGUUAUCGUCUCUACACAGAAAGGCAGUACAAAGAUGAGUUAUUACCUACAACAGUCCCAGAAAUUCAGCGCACCAAUCUAGCCAAUGUAGUUCUCCUUCUUAAGUCGUUGGGGGUCGAAGAUCUUCUUAAAUUUUAUUUCAUGGAUCCUCCUCCCCAAGAUAACUUACUCAACUCACAGUAUCAAUUAUGGACCCUUGGAGCCUUGGACAACACAGGAGUUUUGACAAAAUUAGGGCGUGCAAUGGUUGAAUUCCCUUUGGAUCCUGCACUUUCAAAGAUGUUGCUGGCUGGUGUUGAUAUGCAAUGUUCUGAAGAAAUCUUGACCAUAGUAUCCAUGUUAUCAGUACCAGCAUUGUUCUACCGGCCUAAGGGUCGUGAAGAGGAAGCUGAUGCUAUGCGAGAAAAAUUUCAAGUGCCAGAAUCAGAUCAUCUGACAUAUCUCAACAUCUAUCGUCAGUGGCGUCUUCAGAAAUAUUCAAUGAACUGGUGCAAUAAACAUUUUUUGCACUUUAAAGCACUUAAGAAAGUUAGGGAGGUGAGGCAGCAGCUGCAUGAUAUUAUGGACCAACAAAAGCUUGAAUUAGUCAGCUGUGGUAUGGAUGAAGAUUUGGUGCGUAAGUGCAUUUGUGCUGCAUACUUCCACCAAGCGUGUCGUCUCAAAGGUAUUGGUGAAUAUGUGAAUUUAAGGACAGGGACACCGUGCCAUCUACAUCCAACCUCAGCCCUGUUUGGUAUGGGUUACACUCCUGAUUACAUUGUUUACCAUGAAUUGGUUAUGACAAGCAAAGAAUACAUGCAGUGUGUGACUGCUGUAGAAGGAGGUUGGCUGGCUGAAGUUGGAGAUAAGUUUUAUAGUGUCAAUGAAGGAGGUGCAUCUCGAAUGGAGAAACGACGUCAGGCUUUGGCACAUAAAGCUGCCAUGGAGGCAGAAAUGGACCGGGCCCAGGACACCUUAAAGGCACGAGCUGAAGAAAGACAACGUAGACAAGAGUCAUCACGUCGUCAGCAAGUGUAUGACAUUGGUACACCCAGGCGUGUGCAAACAUCUGCCCGCUUUGGAAUCUGAAUGGCAGAUAUAAAGAAUACUUGGUAAUGUUUUGAGAAAAAUUGAGCAAGAUACAGUAUUAUGGUGUAAACAUGCAUUCUCAGCCCAUAAACCUCAUUUUCUCUCCUGGGAUUAGACAUUGUUAAGUAUAAGAACUGGUAAUUGCCCAAGUUGAAACUAUAGCUAAGUGUUAUACCUAUCUAACUUGUAGAUAAACCCUUAGGUAAAAUGAUGCAGUACUUGUCACCAUACUGACUCAAACUUUUCUGUAAUUUGAAUCAACUUUUUUUUAUGCUGGGUGCCCUCUUUAACAGGGCUCGUAACUUUUGAAUCAUAAGUCUAAUUGAGCUAAAAACUGGAAUUUGGUGUUUGUUAGCAUGUACUGUAAAAUGUUAUAAACACAUUAUAGAGAAAUGUGGGAUGGUGUAGAGGCAACUUUGAUUUGUGGACCACUUUUUGUAGCAUACCAGUCUUGUACUGUAGUGGUAUUACAUAGAUAUUUAUAAGUUUUAGUUCUAGGGUGUUUGUGUUCUUCUAAUUCUGUAUGCAGACAACUACUUCAAUUGUGAGGAAACUCUUCAAACAGUGUGCAGUAUUUUUUAAUACUGUACAGUACUUUGAUUUAUGGUUAAACCAUAAAAAGAAAAGAAAACCAUUAGGAGAGAAAGAGCAACCCUUUCCUUUUUAUGAAACUGAUGGUGCUUCAUCUAAAGCUAACUUCUCUACCAUCUCUUAAAUUAUAUUAUAAUAUAUUCAAAGUUUGUUUUAAUUGUAUAUCUAUGUACAUACAGUAUAAGAUACAAUACAUAGCACUGAGCCUUGGUUUGAGUUUGAUGACAGAACUUGUACAGUUUUGGUAUUUUUAUUUUCAUAUAAUUAAUUUUCAUGUGUAGGAAUUCUUGCAUAAACAUAAUAUUUUUGUAAAAUUAAUGUAUAAAAAUAUUGAUAUUAAAGUAUUACAUUGUA